AUGAUAGCCAAUUAUGCCUUUGUCAUCACUUUUCUACUGCUAUCUAUCGGUUCCGCAACGAUCACAACAAAUUCUGUCAGACAAUUUCUGCAAAAAAUUUUCGGCAAUGUUGAGCCAACUCCAAUCGUUCUAUGGCAUGGCAUGGGUGACAGCUGUUGCAAUCCAUUAAGUUUGGGACGAAUAGAAAAAUUACUAAGGAAGAAUAUCCCUAAUGUCUACAUUUAUUCAGUAAUGAUAGGAUCCAAUGUUGUGAUGGAUACGGAACAUGGUUUCUUCGGGAAUGUGAAUGAUCAGGUAGCGGAGUUGAUGACAGUUGUGCAAGCCUUAGGACUGUAUAUGUUAUGUGCAAUUGUUCAACAAGUAAUUCUGAGUGCUGCUCCGAAGCGUGCUGUAGCACAACGUUGUCCAGUUCCAUCGAUGAAAAAUUUGAUUUCGCUGGGUGGACAACAUCAGGGAGUAUUUGGAUUACCGUUAUGUCCAGCAAAAAGUUACAUUUGUGAUCGCGUACGAAAUUUAUUAGAAUGGGGCGCAUAUGUUGGCUUUGUUCAGAAUACGUUAGUGCAAGCACAAUAUUGGCAUGAUCCGUUAGAUGAAGCAACGUAUCGACAAAAUAGCAUAUUCCUUGCUGAUAUUAACAAUGAAAGGGUUGGAUUCUACUUCUUUUUUAAAACCUUUUUGAUAACAAAAUUUAUGACAACGAGUUUUGAUGACAAUGUUGUGAAUAUUCAAAAGUAA